UCACUGCGUCUCAAUAUCCAUAAUGGGUCUUCAGCUGUCUGGAGAGCAACAAUAACAGGAGAAGCUCAGCGAUAAAAAAACGAGUUAUUGUUUCGUCUCUGACACCUUUGUUAGCCCCUACUUGACAUCAUUCUGUCACCAACGCUCUUUGCGAAUUAACUCUGGCCUCCGCUUCCUCCGACUCGGAAACCGGCGGAGCUUCGCCGCCACCGCGGAAGAAAUACCGAGCUUCGGUGGCGGAGGGAGCAGGGGAGCUCGGGGCUGCAAUUGGGUCAGAGGCCCUGUCUGCAGUUAUUGCGGGGCUUUUAACUUUUCCGAAUUCACCCGUUGCUCCUGUCAUUCGAUUAAAUCCGCACAGUGUAGCCCACAUCAACAAUAAUAACAUGCAGGCCAACGGGGCAGGACAGGGUCAAGAUUCGGAGCUGUCCUGCCUAAACAACAGUGCGCAAAACGGAGAGUCGUCCUCCGCGGGGGGAGCUCACACUAAUGGACUAUCCACAACAAACAAUGGGAACUCUGUCAGUAACAACAACGGUAUCACAGCCCCAGCGGCAUCCAACAACACCGUGUCUUCGGAUGCCAACUCCGUGAAAAAGAAGACACGUCUUUCUCAGUCAGAGGAAGAUGUCAUUAGACUUAUAGGGCAACAUUUACACGAUUUAGGGCUUAAUCAGACAGUGGACCUGUUGAUGCAGGAGUCUGGCUGCAGACUGGAGCAUCCCUCUGCCACAAAGUUCCGCAACCAUGUGAUGGAAGGAGAGUGGGACAAGGCUGAAAGUGACCUGAAUGAGCUGAAAGCGUUGAUGCAUUCUCCAAGUGCUAUUGUGCGGAUGAAGUUCCUGCUCCUGCAGCAGAAGUACCUGGAGUAUCUGGAGGAUGCCAAGGUCCUGGAGGCGCUGCAGGUCCUGAGAGCUGAGCUCACUCCCCUCAAGUACAACACAGAGCGCAUCCACAUCCUGAGCGGGUACCUGAUGUGCAGCCAUGCAGAGGAUCUGAGAGCAAAGGCAGAGUGGGAGGGAAAAGGCACUGCCUCCCGCACUAAACUCCUGGACAAGUUACAGACGUACCUGCCUCCCGCUGUGAUGCUGCCUCCGCGCCGGCUGCAGACCCUGCUGAGGCAGGCUGUGGAGCUGCAGAGAGAGCGCUGCCUCUACCACAACACCAAACUGGACAGUGGCCUGGACUCUGUGUCCCUCCUCCUGGACCACGCCUGCAGCCGAAAACAGUUCCCUUGCUACACCCAGCAGAUCCUCACCGAACACUGCAAUGAAGUGUGGUUCUGCAAGUUCUCCAAUGACGGCACCAAACUGGCCACGGGAUCCAAAGACACCACAGUCAUCGUGUGGCAUGUCAACACAGAGAGUCACCAGUUGAAGCUGAUGAAGACUCUAGAGGGCCACGCUUACGGUGUCUCAAACCUGGCCUGGAGCCCUGAUGACACCUACUUGAUUGCCUGUGGCCCCGAUGACUGCUCAGAGCUGUGGCUGUGGAACGUACAGACGGGUGAGUUGCGGACAAAGAUGAGCCAAUCACACGAGGACAGCCUGACUAGUGUGGCCUGGAAUCCAGAUGGCAAGCGCUUUGUCACCGGAGGCCAGAGGGGCCAGUUCUACCAGUGUGAUCUGGAUGGUAAUCUGCUGGACUCGUGGGAAGGAGUAAGGGUUCAGUGCCUGUGGUGCCUGGGUGACGCUCGGACCGUACUGGCAUCAGACACACACCAGCGUAUCCGUGGUUACAACUUUGAGGACCUUACGGACAGAAACAUAGUCCAGGAGGACCAUCCAAUCAUGUCUUUCACAGUUUCAAAGAACGGGAGGUUAGCGCUGCUGAAUGUGGCUACUCAGGGUGUGCACCUGUGGGACCUACAUGACCGGGUGCUGGUGAGGAAGUAUCAGGGCGUGACACAGGGCUUCUACACCAUCCACUCCUGCUUUGGAGGACACAACGAAGACUUCAUCGCCAGUGGGAGUGAGGAUCACAAAGUGUACAUCUGGCACAGGCGCAGUGAGCUGCCCAUCGCAGAGUUGACAGGUCACACACGUACAGUGAACUGUGUGAGCUGGAACCCUGUAGUGCCCGGUCUUUUGGCCAGCGCCUCAGAUGACGGCACCGUCCGAAUCUGGGGGCCCGCCCCUUUCCUCGAUGUCCAGGACACUGAGGGGCUAAACGAAUGUUGUAGCAUGGACAGCUGAUGGUGACCUUGGAGCAGAAGACACUACUUCUCGAAUCCAGGAGAAUAACACUAGACUCUAACGAAUGAAGUAGAGAAACUAUUGCGUUUGGACAGCUGCUUUCUGGAGGUUUGGCUCUGGGGCUGUGCUCCGGCGGCAGGUGAUAACGUCACACACACGGAGAUGUCAGACAAAUCACUUAAAUGAACCGAUUACCCAGCAGCCAUCUUGACUGUGACCUCCCACCUCCUCUUACCUGUGUGGCUCACAGUGUCUGAUGUCUGUUGCACCUCCUGUGUUCAGCCAAGCCCCAUCCUCUUUUUUUCUCGGAGCUAACCCCAGGACUGCCACCUUUCACCUGCCUCGUCCAGAGUUUUAUUAUUGAUAAUAUUAUUUAUUGUCAUGAUUAGUACAUUUAUAUAUAAAUAGAGAGGGCUGUAGUGGUGGAGAGUGGUAAGGGUAUAUACAGUGCUGUGAAAAACUAUUUGCCCCCUUUCUAAUUUUCUCUACAUUUGCAUAUUUUUGAUACUGAAUGUU